GAAAAAAUAAGAAAAAGAAAUGUUUAGAUCAUUAGUUAAAUCAAGCAAUUUAUUAAAAAACAGCAUUUCAGUCAACAGCAGCAAAAGAUUUUUCGCUACUGAAGCUUCAGAUGAUUUAUUAACUUUUUCACUCUUAUCACCACACCAAACCAUCUACAAGGAUAAGAAAGCUCAAUUAGUUACUCUUCCAGGUGCUAAAGGUGUUUUUGGUAUUGCUAAAAACCACGUCCCAAAAAUCUCUGAACUCAAACCAGGUAUUGUUCAAAUUAAUCACGAAAAUGGUGAUUUAGAAAAAUUCUUUGUUAGUGGUGGUUUUGCAUUCGUUAACCCAGAUGCUUCAUGUUAUAUCAAUGUUAUUGAAGCCGUUCCAGUCGAUCAAUUAGAUCCAAAUGAAGUUAAAAAUGGUUUAGCUCGUUACACUCAACUCUUUAAUGAAGCUCAAGACGAAAACGCUAAAGCUGUUGCUUUAGUUGGUUUAGAAGCUCAUCAACAAAUGGCUUACGCUUGUGGUGUCAGUGUUUAAAUUAAUAUAAAAUAAUAAUAAUAAUAAUAAUAAUAUAAUAUAAAUAAUUUUUUUAAAUAAUAUUUAAUCAAUCUCAAUAAUAAUAAUAAUAAUACUAUAAAUGGAAAAAUAAUAAUGUUUUCUUUUUUUUUUAAAAUUUAAUAAUUUUAAAAAAAAAAAAAACUAAAAAAAAAAUAAAAAAAAUAAUGAAUCACCUUGUAAUUAAAUAUCAUUUUCUUUCGAUUCAAAAUCAAAAUU